UUCCAGUCCCUUAAUGCUUCUUUUUUGUGCUUGGCUGAUGAUCAUAACGCAGGAAAUCGAGUUUGAAUGUGUCCCAAUAUCUCUCAUGGAUCAUGUGCUCAACUUUCUUAAUGAUGUUAGGGAAGACCUAAGGUCUUCUAUGGCAAAGGAUGUAAUAACAAUAAAAAACGAGGGUUUAAAGAUUGUUGAAGAUCCCAACUGCAAUGAAUUGUUAUCUGCUGUCAACAAAGAAAAAAUCCUCCAGCAGCCUAAAGAUGCAUCUGUGGACUUUCAGAAAAAGAUUACUCUGUUAAAGCAUGAGCAGCAACACAAUUUUAGUUCCUUGUUCAGAAAUGAGGAGAUUUAUGGGCAACUUGUAGAAAUGGAAUGCGAGGGUGAGCUUCUCAAUCAAUUAUUACAAUCUAGAAGAAUGACAAUGGACAAUAUAAGAGCAAGUCGACAGCAGUUUAUUCUUGUAGCAUCAUUACUUGACCGGAUACCUAAUCUUGCUGGAUUGGCACGGACAUGUGAGGUCUUUAAAACAUCAGGAUUAGCUGUAGCGGAUGCGAAUGUAGUAGUUGACAAACAGUUCCAACUUAUCAGUGUGACAGCAGAGAAGUGGAUUCCUAUAAUGGAAGUCCCAGUAAAGAGUAUGAAAAAUUUCUUGGAGAAAAAGAAACGAGAAGGCUACUCAAUCUUGGGUUUAGAGCAAACUGCAAAUAGUAUUCCCCUUGACAAGUAUACAUUUCCUCAGAAAGUGGUGUUGGUUCUUGGACGUGAAAAGGAGGGUAUACCCGUCGAUAUAAUCCAUAUACUAGAUGCUUGCGUCGAGAUCCCGCAGCUGGGAGUUGUUAGGUCACUUAAUGUUCAUGUAAGUGGUGCCAUUGCUCUCUGGGAGUAUACUCGACAGCAGAGAUCACAUUAGCUCUUUCUCUACAUCAGCUACUACAAAUUUCUUCCUUUUUAGGCGCAUCUUGGUGAGGGAUAAAAUCAACAAUCCAAAUUUUGAUCUUUUGACCGCAUGCAUGAGUUUUAGCAACUAGCUGUUACAGAUUUUUGCCUUUUUUUUUUUUCCUGGUGGAAACUGGCUGUUGGAAAAUUAAUUCUAACUACUAUUUCUUUAAUUUAAAGUUGUGUUAUAAAUUGUUUCCAGUCAAUAUGCGAAUACCCUUUCUGCCCCA